UGGGCAACUGCACCACUCUUCCUCUGCACAGGUUUUGAUAAAUCUCCCCCCUCGAGUGUGUCAAGCCAUUUUCGGGAUAUUCACUCUGGUGAUCUCCUGUCCCUCUCUUUUCAUGUGAAAGGGAACAAACCUAAGUGAGGUGGGGACAUGAUCAAGCUCCUCCGUAACUGUGAAGUAUUUUGGAUUUCUAGUUGAGAAGCUAUCAUCCACACGGUCUCAAUCUCAGGGAAGCAAAUUUCAGGCAUAUUUAAAAGCAUGGAGCCUUCAGACGAGGCUGCGGGUCAGAACCUGGCCAGCUCCACAGAGGAGAAUUAUUUUGUGACGUACACCUUUACGGAUCGCUCCCAUAGCAGUCGUGUGGCUCAGAGCAUCAUGAAGCUUUGCAUGGAGGACGAGCUGUUUGCUGACGUCACUAUCCUAGUGGAGGGGAAAGAGUUCCAAUUGCACCGACUGGUUCUGUCAGCCCAGAGCUGCUUCUUUCGCUCCAUGUUUACUUCAAAUCUAAAGGAAGGGCGUAACCGUGUCAUAGAGCUGCAGGAUGUCAGUGUGAGUGUAUUCCAGUUGUUGGUGGAUUACAUCUAUCAUGGGACAGUGAAGCUGCGGCUGGAGGAGUUGCAGGAGACCUAUGAGGUGGCAGACAUGUACCAGCUGACCGCUUUGUUUGAAGAGUGCUCUCGCUUCCUGGUUAGGACGGUGCAGGUGAAAAACUGUUUACAGAUUAUGUGGUUGGCAGAUCAGCACAGCGACGUCUCCCUUUAUACUGCAGCCAAAAACUGCGCCAAAACCCACCUGUCCCAGCUAUGUGACACGGAAGAAUUCCUGAACCUGCCUCUGCGAUUGCUUACAGACAUUAUUGCAGACGGCGUUCCCUGCUCACAGAAUCCAACCGUAGCGAUAAAGAACUGGAUCCAUUUCAAUAAGGAAGAGCGGGAUGGAUUUUCGGAAAUGCUGCUCUCUAGCCUGAAGGAAAUUGGGGAAAACGUCCACAUUUAUCUGAUCGGGAAGGAGGAAUCUCGCACACACUCUAUCGCAGUGUCUCUGCAUUGUGCACAGGAUGACUCUAUUAGUGUAAGUGGACAGAACAGCUUGUGCCACCAAAUCACUGCCGCCUGCAAGCAUGGUGCUGACCUAUACGUAGUAGGAGGAUCCAUACCUCGUCGUAUGUGGAAAUGUAAUAUGGAGACUAUGGACUGGGAGCGAUGUGCACCACUUCCUCGAGAUCGACUACAGCAUACUCUGGUGUCUGUACCCAGCAAAGAUGCCAUAUACUCUCUGGGCGGUAAGACGCUGCAAGACUCUCUGUCUAACGUGGUCAUUUACUAUCGAGUGCAGGACAAUGUCUGGACAGAAACUAGUCAACUGGAGGUCUCCAUCUCUGGUGCAGCAGGGGUAAAUCUUAAUGGGCUUAUCUACCUGAUGGGAGGGGAGGAGAACGACCUUGACUUUUUCACAAAACCUUCUCGUCUCAUUCAAUGCUUUGACACCAACACUGAAAAGUGCCAUGUCAAACCCUACCUGCUGCCAUUUGCCGGUCGAAUGCACGCAGCUGUUCACAAGGACCUGGUGUUUAUUGUAGCCGAGGGAGAUUCGCUGGUUUGUUAUAACCCACUUCUGGACAGCUUCACACGGCUUUGUCUUCCCGAGGUCUGGAGCUCACGACCAUCUCUUUGGAAAAUUGCCAGCUGCAACGGGUGCAUAUACGUGUUCCGGGAUCAUUACAAGAAAGGGGACGCUAAUACCUUCAAGUUAAACCCAGCCACCUCCGUAGUGACAGUAACCAGCGGCAUUCGGUUUUUGCUUACUAAUCUGCAGUUUUUACUGGCAUGAUACCCAGUCUGAUGACUUGGAACAGUUGAAUAUGCCAUUUAAUGCUUUGGCACAUCUCUUAAUCUUGGAUUUGGGCUCUAAGACUGCAAAAUAUAUGAACCUUAUAAAGAAGCAAGAGUGAUCGAACCACCAAUUUGUGGUGGUAUUUAUGGAAGCAUAUUGGAUCAGCCAACUCUCCUCUCCUGUGUUGUCACGUUUCUUGUCGCUGCUUAAUCUGUGCUUAGCUAGCUUGUUGGGUUUGGAGGUGGAAGAGCAGGAAAGCAGUCUUGAACCUGGCAGCAUAGGAUGAACAAGUUGUUUCUAGUAUCUGUGUAUUUAUUUGACCUGACUGACGACAAAAUCUUCUCUAUUAGUUAUUCAGCUCCUGGGUCUACUAAAAUAACUAAGAGUAGCAGGCACUUUGCGUAUGCUGCUAAAUUGUGCAAUUCCAUCUUUCAAAUACAUGUGCACAGUCAGCUCGGUACAUGUGCUUUCAAUGGAGAGAGGGGAACAAGCCACUGCUAGAUACCUCCAUACACAUUAGAUAGUUGGCUGGUCCUUCAGAGUUCAGCAGGUCAACCAACUUUUCUUAAAUGUGUAUAGAGGUCUUUUCUCAGUUUAAAAGGGUUGUCUCCGCACAAACAAAGAAACAUAGAAUGUGUCGGCAGAUAAGAACCAUUUGACCCAAUAUUCUGAGUACUAUUAAAGGGGUACUCUGGCUUUAUACAUCUUAUCCCCUAUCCAAAGGAUAGGGCAUAAGAUGUAUGAUCGCGGGGGUCCUGUACAUUAUUAUGGGGGCAGGCAUCUUGCCAGAUCUAUUAUUUUAUAUUAUUCAGUAGAUAGUAAAAUGAAAUAUUAGAAAAAGUUUAGGUAAUUUUCUAAUGAUACAUUAUGGCCAUUGAACAUAAUGGGUGAACUAUGUAAAGUAUGUCAAAAGCCAAUCAAUGAAGGUUCAUUAAGGUCAGACCCCCAGUGAUUGGAUAUAAAUAGCAUAUCCUAGUAAAGCAGUGUUGUUUUUUGCUGAGACAACCUUUUUAAAGGUGUUCUGUUUUUUCAUGUUUUUAUUCUCUAGUUAUGUAGAGGGUGUUUUGAGAGAAAAAUGCCUUAAACAGUUACACACCUAGGUCCAUUACAUAGGGAUAACACAAUGACAACUUGUGCUCCUGACAAACCAAAAGAUCCCCGGAUCCAUAGGCUGCUCACCAGAUGAGGUAAUAAAUAUAGGAGGCAUAGGGAUAUUAUAAAGGGGGGUCCCCCUGCUUUGUACAAGCGUCUACAAUCCUAGCAAACUUAAAGGGGUACUCCGGCCCUGCAACAUCUUAUCCCCUAUCCAAAGGAUAGGGGAUAAGGUGUCUCGCCGCUGGGGACCCCCGCAAUCUUGUAUUCGCCACCUACCUGUUUGAGCUGCAUGUUGCUUUGCCAGCUCACAAACAACUGGGUGGCGACCACGGGGCCGGAGUAUUGUGACGUCACGACUCCGCCCCCUUGUGGCGUCACCCCCGCUAUGCAAGUCUAUGGGAGGGGGCGUGACGGCCGUCAGGUGGGUGGGUGGCGAAUACAAGAUUGCAGGGGUCCCCAGCGGAGGGACCCCCGCGGUGAGACAUCUUAUCCAAUAUCCUUUGGAUAGGAGAUAAGAUGUCUCAAGGCCGGAGUACCCCUUUUAAGCCCCCCUCUUAUUACAUGGACAACUAGUCAUGUUCAUUCCCGAUUCUUAGUUUAUUGUGGUGUUUAUUAGCUGUUUUUUCCUGGGGUGCCAGGAGUAGUGCAGAUGAUUGCCCUCAGGGACUCAUUCUGAAAGGGAUUGUCUCUGAUAGAAUAACCCAUAUGAACAGAAGACACCAGAAUCUAGUUUCCUAGACUCAAACCACUUCCAGUAAUGGGGCUAAGGAGUGUCCAGCCAUUCCAGUUCUUGCUUGUAGGAGGGAUGCUUUUUCUCUGGGGUUCCGAUCAAGGAACCUAUAGUAAAGUGGCACAGCCUACUUCCAUGGACCCAUACCAGGGACAUAGUAUGGUCUGCCUAAAUGGCAGGAAUAUAUCUGCUCCCCAUGACCCUUUUAAAACGUCCUUGUUUCUCGUGCCUAGACAUAGGCGUUUACCCAUGGAUGGAUCCUGUACAAAUAACUCACUCCUAAAUUUACAACACAGAAAAGGCCUUUAAAUUUGGAGACCCGUUUCAAGUCUGUAAGAUGGGUCAUUGACAACACUUUACCACUCAGGUUGAUACUUUAUGGGCCAUCGAUGGUGCAGAUCCAUUCCUUCUCUAAGAAAAGUAAAGGAUUGGGAAAAUUGUCAUUAUGUAUGAAAAUGAUCAUUAGAAGUGUUGGAUAUCAACUGCUUCAGGACCCAGAAUUUGGCCUCAUGGUCAUAUUGGCUUUAUAAUUGGACCAUACAUUGCACACACAAUGUUUUUUUAUUGGCUAGUAUCGGUUGCUCAUCGGACUGAGAGUACCCUGACCCCCUGGCUGGGACUAAAUGCUGCAGCACCAACAAGAACUUUAGGCUGGGUUUUGGAUUGCUUUAUAGGGUCCCUCUCAGUAGCUGGGCUAUUAGGCUUUGCUUGACCAAUCAGAUCACUCUGGUUGCACAUUGAGUCUGUUAUAAUACUGUUGCAAGAACUAUGUUGCUUUGAGGGUACAUUUUGAAUGUAUUUCUUUUGCUAUUUUAUGCUUCUGUGUGGAAAACACUACAACCUAUAGCUUUUCCCUUAGCUGAUUCAGUAACUCAGUUUUUUUUAUAUAGAUUUCAUAUGCUGAAUUUGCAGUGAAUCUGUCUAACCCAACCUAAGUCUAACCCUGGCUGCGUGCUCUUGCCAUUGCCAGUAUCAUGUACAUUGACGAGGAACUGUUUUAUCUUCUCAGAUCCAGCUGUUUGCCCUGCUUACUGAAAUGUAUCUACCUUUUAUAGAGACUAGAGAUGAGCGAAGUUACAGUGACUAGAUUCGUCACGAACUUCUCGGCUCAGCAGUUGAUUACUUUUCCUGCAUAAAUUAGUUCAGCUUUCAGGUGCUCCAGUGGGCUGGAAAAGGUGGAUACAGUCCUAGGAAAGAGUAUCCAGCCCACCGGAGCACCUGAAAGCUGAACUCAUUUAUGCAGGCUUAAAGGGGUACUCCGCCCCUAGACAUCUUAUCCCCUAUCCAAAGGAUGGGAGAAAAGAUGUCAGAUCGCCGGGGUCCUGCUGCUGGGGACCCCCACAAUAUAGCAGUCGGCACCCACCUGUAACUACUUCCGGAAGCGCUGGAGGUUCUCUGGCUAAUUCCUCCCGACCACGGGGGUGGAAGUUCGUGAUGUC